AUGUCUCAAUAUCUUCAAAGUUUCCCCCUUACUGAACACAAGUAUGGUUUUUUUCAGAUGUGGGCAUGCGCCUUGGGGCAUUGCGAGACGGCACUUCUUCUUUAUCAGUGGAACUCACACGCUUUAUCCAUCUCUGAUUCUAUUGGUCGAAUUCCUAUCCAAGUUUCCAAGUCACGAGGACAUGUGCUUUUAUCUGAACAUCUUGAAAGUUUGCAGAAAGAAAGAUUGGAUUCCGUUUCCAUGGGAACAGUUAAUCAGAUGAAAACACCCAUAUUCUCAGUGGAGGACAGAUCAAGUGAUGUUCCAUCUGAUUUCUCUAUGUCACCUUUCACCUCCAUGACCUAUGACCGCUCCCCACAGACACUCUCACCUCAGUCAAGUCCACGAGGGUCCUGGUCACCUAAAUCUCAACCGUCCACUAGUCCUUUAUCAACAAGUCCAUUGCCAAAUAGAAACCGAUCUCUUUCAUGCAGUAACCUAACUGGACAGCAAAACUCUCUCAAAAGUACACCUGCAGGCUCAAAUGGUUUUGAUUUAUCGACACAGCCAUUGAGUGUAUCUGUCGACAAUUCGGUCAAUUUCAAAGUUCCAUUUGGAGGAAAUACCCAAGAUCAAACUCAAAUGUCUGAUUGCCCAUUCCCAAUUCCAAUGCAAAUUGAUGAAGAUGUAAGUACACAAGUCACUAUGGAAACAGAGCUACCAGCAACUUCUCGAUUUUCCUCAUCUUAUAUUGCUGCUCAGUGGAGCCGUCAGCGAUCGCAGUCAAUGCCAGAAAGUUCUCAAAAAGAACAAUACUUGAUGUUAGCUGAGAAAAUUAUUGAUGCACUUCCAGCGAGAAUCAAAACAGACAAUACUGGAGCAGAUAAUUAUUCGUCUUCUCCGUCAACCAGGCUGGAUGACAACGAAAAUUCUUUUUCGCUAACAAAUGCUGCUUAUAGAACAUUUUGCAGUGAGUUGAACUCACCAUCUGGUACGUUGAGUUCUGAUUCUUCAUGUUUGCAGAGCCCAUCAAGCCUACAGCUAGAUGAUGAUGACGAUGACGAUGAUGUAUCCUAUCAGACAACGGCACAGUUUUGUGAGUUUUUACAAGGUGGUAGAGGCAUGGAGAAAGAUUUGUCACAAUUGACAUUGUCGGACUAUGAACAACGUCAGUUAUACCAGGCUGCAAAAACUAUCCAGAAUGCAUUCAGGCAAUAUAGGGGUCGACAAAGACAAAAACAACAAGAACUGGAAGCAGCUGUGAUUAUUCAAAGUUAUUACCGAAGAUACAAACAGGUAUCUAUUCUUCUACAGUGA